GUCACGGGGAAUCCGUGGAAGCGCAAACUCCGCCCACGCUAUGAACAUCUCCAGCGGAGGGUGCGUGGGGGGGUUUGCCUCGCGCUCGGAGCUCGGGCUGCAAUGAACACACCACUACAAAACUGAUCUUGACUUGACCAUGUAACAGCACUGCAGUUCACAGGAUAUUCAUGUACGAAUGCUGCGGCAGGCAUUCAGCAGGUGAAAGGGUUAAUGCACUGACCAACAGGAUCACAAGACCUGACACAAUUGCUGAGAUGAAGGUUAUCGCCUGAAGGAGCGGGCAGAUGACCUUUGUGUCGACAUGUAGAUGUACCAAAGCAAUCCUUCAUUAAUUCAUAAGGAUUCAAGCUGCAUUCAUGAAGCAUCAUUUUGAUUGGUUUGUGGCCAGUUUUAUUGGCUGAGUUUUCCUUGAGCUCUGUGAGCAGUUCUUUAAAUGGUCAUGGCGAAGACAACCGGGUCCCUUAAUCUGUCCUUCCUUCUGGAGCACGAAAAGCAGACGAUCCUCAGUGUUCUCCAGAAAGACGAGAAGGUCAGGAAACGAGAGGAGAAACGCAUCAGGAAGCUGAAAAAUGAACUUUUGGAACUGAAGCGAGCCGGGCGGCGUAGUUCAGCUGAUCAGCGUGAGUGUGCCGUAUGUCUGCGUGCGCUGGGUCUCAUCCUGCAGAGGGGUAAUGUGUGUACCAACUGUCAUCGGCGGAUGUGCAACUUCUGCACUGCUACACCUCCAGGCAGCAACUGCAAAUGCACUGUGUGUGCAAAGACUGCGGAACUGAAGGUGGUUACAGGAGAAUGGUUUCUGGAAGAGAGAUCCAAGAGGUUUCAACAUGUCAGUGUACCCAGCAGUGAUGUAGUCAAACAGUCAAUCCUCAGCAGUCCUCCAGAUGGAGGCUCUUCUCCCAGACCAUCAGAGAGGGAGAGAUCAUCCACACCACAGUACGAGAGAUCGCCUACGUCCCAAUUCCAGAUAAGGACAGGGAAGAACAGGAAAGGGAAGAGAGCGGUUGCAGUGGAGCCAUCAGGGUUACCAACGGUACCCAAUAACAUGAGAGCACAAAUGGUCAAAACACCAACCCAGACAGAGGCAAGAAACAGGCCGGAUGGAGCAGAGAGCGUGUCUAGUAUACAAAGCAGUGACAGCGCUUCUGAAAAGAUGGCGGAUGGGCGGAGACAAAAAGAUUCCAGCACUCCCUCUAUCGCCAUAUCCAGAGCCUCCCUCUCAUCAGAUCGCAGUCGCUCUGAGGUGGACCUCAGUAAUCCUGGUGAGGGCUUCAGUGAAGAUCCUCUGAUAAGUCGAUGCCGCUCAGUUCCAGGACUGAACGAUGGGGACUCGGAUGAGGACAUUGAUGCGGUGUUAUCAGCACACUAUAAAACCAACCGGAGCGUCUGCAGUGCGCAAUCAAUGUCUUCCACACCUGCCUCGGAGAGAAAGUGGGGUUUCCUUAAUGUACCUGACUCAGAUGCUGACACUACCAGCAUUAACAGUAUGAUGAGCGUGUACAGUGAGACGGGGGACUAUGGCAACGUGCGGGUUUCCGGGGAGAUCCUGCUCAACAUCUCUUACAGCUAUAAAACAGGGGCACUAAACGUGCUCGUCCGCGAGUGCCGCUGCCUAGCAACCGGGGAUGAGAGGAGACAGCGCACGGAUGCCUAUAUUAAAACAUAUCUCCUGCCAGACAAGUCCCGUCAAAGCAAGCGAAAAACCAGCAUCAAAAGCAACACCACUAACCCAGUCUUCAACGAAAACCUGAGGUAUGUAGUCAGUCACUCUCAGCUGGAGACGCGCACACUGCAGGUUUCUGUGUGGCAUCAUGAUCGUUUUGGACACAACAACUUCCUGGGGGAGACGGAGCUGACCUUUGACUCCUGGGAGUUUGACACGAAGAUAGAGGAAUGGUUCUCUCUACAGCCUAGGAAUGAGUCUUAUGUGGACUCAGUGAUGCACUAUAAAGGGGAACUUACAGUGGUUUUGAAGUACAUUCCUGCAGAGAGAAAUGUCUCCCUGCCUCUGGACCAAGUGCAAGUGAAAAGGGGAUUUCUGAAGGGAAAGAAGAAGACCAUCACACUUCCUAAAGGAGGAAUGGUGGAGCUGCUGGUUAAAGAGGCAAAAAACCUAACGGCUGUUAAAGGAGGGUCCUCUGACCCAUUCGUCAAAGGAUACCUACUGCCUGAUGACAAGAAAAGCACAAAGCACAAGACCGCGGUGGUGAAGCGUACCGUAAACCCACGCUGGAAUCACACCUUCACAUACUGCGGCCUGCAGCACAGUGAUCUGGACAGCGUGUGUCUGGAGCUGACAGUGUGGGACAGGGAACCGCUUGCCAGCAACGUCUUCCUGGGGGGUGUGCGGCUCGGGGGAGGGACAGGUCUGAGUUAUGGGAAAGAAGUAGAUUGGAACGAUUCCUGCGGCGAGGAGCAGCGGCUAUGGCAACGCAUGAUUGACAACCCUGAAGUCCCACUAGAGUGCACACUGAUGCUGCGAUCCAGCAUGGCCAAGAGGAAGACAUAGAGAGAAGAGGAAGGACAGUUUCCCUGGCAAUACGCAUCAAAUCUGAUCACCUCUAGACACUUUAAAGUGCUCUUUAUGUUCUUUGGCAGUACUCACACUACCCAGAUUCUCAUUCCAACGUGCAUAUGCUCACUAAAUUCUCAAAACACAUCUGUGGUAUACACAUAUGGGCCUAUAAUUUCCCAUUUACACCUGGUAUUAACAUGUCUCAAUUGUGACCACAAGGAUUUGGAUUUCAAUCACUAUCAUAUAUCAUAUA